AUGAAUGGAUGCGAUGCAAGGAAUUACCCCAUCACAUUUAACACAAAUGUAUUGGGCUACUUGGACAGAGCUGGCGUUAUAUAUGGAGUGCUUUAUGGGUCUCCAACAGCUGAUCUUGUGGGCAAACCAAUUAUCAUUGAGAUUACCGCCUACAACAAACGUACAUUUGAGACUGCAAGACACAACCUUGUCAUUAACGUCAUGUUUUCACAGGGGGCAGUCCUCCCUGUCAUGCCUGAACUCGCCACAGGUCAAAUGCUGGGAGACUUCCUUGGAGCUGUGAAAAAUGUAUGGCAGCCAGAUCGGCUAAAUGCCAUUAAUAUCACCUCAGCAUUGGAUAGAGGAGGCAGAUUCCCUCUUCCUAUAAAUGACCUAAAGGAAGGGGUGUAUGUGAUAGUGGGUGCUGAUGUUGCAUUCUCUUCCUGUCUGAAGGAAGUAGAAACUCCUCAGAACCAGCAGCUCUGCAGUCAGGAUAAGGAGUUUAGGGCAACGUUUUACAUUGACUGGUGCAAAAUAUCUCUGGUAAGUGUUUUGAAGCAAAUAAACACAGAAACAGAACAUAUACCAGGAAGUGGAGUGUUACAUGAUAUUGGAGAAUACAGGCCGCCUUUUGAGUCACUGAAAAGUAGGGACUAUUUCUCAGACUUCCUGAUCACACUGGCAGUGCUUUCUGCUUUUGCCUUGGUCCUUUUCAUCCUUGGGUAUAUCAUGUGCUGCCGACGGGAAGGGAUGCAAAAAAGAAACAUGCAAACACCAGACAUUCAGUUGGUUCAUCAUAAUUCUAUCCAGAAGUGUACCAAGCAGCUACGAAACAUGUCCAAGAACCGUGAGAAAGUAUGGCCUCUUUCAACAUUGUCUGUGUUUCACCUAGUCAGCGGUGAAGUUGUGCCAUCCUUACACCCAGACAGCUAUGCGACUACUAGUAUGCCACUAAUGCAGACACAAACACCUCUACCCAGCAACCAGACCUGCUGCCCCGGCACUACGGAGAUGAAAACGCCCCCUGCCAGCAGGCUCAGCCUCCGGAGCAGCUAUUUUAUAAGGAUUGGCCUGCACAACAACAAUAUCAACAUCCCGGCUAGAAGCGAGCGUAUGACGGUGUACAAUAAUAAAUGUACCUUUAUAUCUGCUACACCAACGUCGCCUCCUUCUUGCAAGCGCGCUUCCACAAACUCGCUUGCCCAGAGUCCCAGGACAGGCUGCAGCAGCCCCUCAUCUCGUCAUGGUCGUCCCAUCCUCUCCAGCGCAGCACAGCUGAACAGCUCUCAUCCUUCAGCUUCAUAA